ACAGUUGAGGUAAUUUUAACUUGUCCCACCGUAACGGUAUUAAGAAUCAUUACAUAUGACGUUACUAAUGUGAGUCUGAUUUCGCUAUUGCAAGACAACAGAAUCACAUUAGUAACGUCAUAUGUAAUGAUUUUUAAUAGCGUUACACCACGAUGCCACUGGGUCGUUGCCCACCUAGCUACUCCUUCAAACCUUUUAGUGCGUCGUGGUUCUUUUUAUUAUUCUCUAAAAGCCUAGUACAAAUUUCUUAUGUCGAAUUUACUAAUUUGUUCGUAUUAUAAUACUAUUAUAAUAACAAUGGUUGUAUGAAUUAUUUGCUGUUGGCUUAAACGUAACAUACAUUUCGUGAGCACGCAGUCUGUGAAAACGAUGGAGCCAUCCCUUAUGUAGAUGCAUGUAGGUAAAUACAUUUGAUUGCUAUCGCUCGUAUUAAAAAAGUCCAUAUAAAUGUUGCUUAAGUAGCCAGUCUACAAUACUACAAAGUUGAUAUUGUGGUUUAUCGCUAUGCGGCACUUCUAACUGGUGGUUAUACGAUAAAAUGUACUACAGUGCAUUUUCCCUAGAUAAUUUGGAAAUUUGAGGAAAAUCCUCAGAACUGAGGAAAGUUUGGGAUUGAUGACGCAUUUCAACAAAGUGUUAUGCUGUUGCUUCUCUAGGAAUGAUAAAUGUUUCUCCAAAGAUUGGGUGUUGACGAUAUUAAAUACUGUCUUUGUUUAAUGACGUCAAUAGAAAACUAGUGACAAUAUUAAACGAUCAAAAAAGCCAAGUGCACUUAAAAGAGUAAUACCAUAUUCAAAAUCCAGAGAAAGGCGUGGUUGAUCUCUACUGUCAUCAUUGCUAAGCCAUAUCACUUAAAGGCAUGGAAUAUAGUUGUCUCACAAAUCGUGGUCAGUAAUGCUGCAUAUCAAAAUACUAUUUGAUAGAUAAUCUAGGCCAUUCUGUGACGAAAGUAUAAUUCGUACAGUAUCCAUUCUACUAGUCCAUCACUAAUAGUGUUGCUGUAAGGCAAGUGUUUGCAAUAUUCAGCCACAAAGUCUCACCUGUUUGCUGUAAUACUUCCUUUUUUGACCAGGCGAUGUGAUCUAACACUUUUCUAUAUUGCAACAAUCACUAACUAUGAACCUCAUCUUGUGGUGGAAUAAGAUCAAGCUACUUUCUCGUUUCUCGGCUAUUUUUUUAAUUAAACCACUACCCAAGUAGUUCUUAUUUAACUAGAUCAACUGUCUUGAAAGUUCAAGAAUUUUGUGGAAAUAAUAUUUUGCGAUAAAAGGUGGAUUGUUUUGCUAAAAUUUUUUAGUUUCAUUUGCUAACAUACCAUCUGUCCUAUUUCAUUACAGGUUUAUAGCUCAAAGCUGCCCAGUUGACUAAAUUUUGAUGUCUGACUUAGCAGUAUGCCGGUUUGCGUACGAUGGGGUUGUUACCGCAGUACUAAAAAUAUUGGAAUCAGAUGGCGAAAAGUCGUUUGUUGACCAGGCUGGGCGAAAUCCUCUUCAUUGGGCGGCUUGUGGGGGUCAUUUAGAGUUGGUAAAAAUUCUUCUGACUAGAGGUUUCGAUAAAGAUUGCAAAGAUCAGUCUAACUGGACUCCACUUAUGAUUGCUAUUUCCGCUGGACGUGGUAAUGUAGCUUCAUAUCUUAUAGAGCAAGAGCAUACUGAUGUAAAUGUAAUAAAUUCGACAGGUCAGUGCUGUCUUCACUAUUGUGCUUCUAAAAAUCGUCUUCAGUUAGUCAAACAGCUAUUAAAUGCUGGUGCGAAACCAGACGUAAAAGAUUGGGGAGGAGUUACACCGCUUCAUCGUGCAAUCGCUACCGAAAACCUAGAUAUAGCCAAACAUCUUUUAGACCAUACAAUCACUGAAAAUGAUGUUGGUAAUGAAGAAGGCUGCAAUAAACUGUUUUCAACGCUUGUUGAUUUAACUGACAAACAAGGCCAAACACCUCUACAUUAUGCAUGUGAAGAAGGCAAUUUCCAAGCUGCAACUUUACUAAUGAAUUAUGGUGCCUCUAUAAAUCAUAAAGAUACAGAUGGCAGAACACCCAUAGAUGUUGCCCCGGACCAUUUGCGAAUGAAUUUGUUAAAACUACUAAAAGCUAAAUAAAAAAAUCUUUUUAUAAAUAUUCGUUUAUUCCCAAAUAAAAAAACUAUUUUGUACGUAAAGUCGAUGUAGUUUUAGUACUAAAGUAAAAUGCAGUAUCUUCAGUUUCGAAAGCAUCCACCGGGAAAAUGUGACCGAGAUCCCACUAUUUUGAAGAUAGGAAUACUUGUUCCUCUGGGUAUCAUCAUAUUUGACUAGUAGGUUGAAUACCCAGAAGCCCAUUCUAGUUUUGAAGGACAAUUCGUACUGCUGACUACUUCUAAAUAAACAGCACUUACAGCGAGGUGGUAAGUACGGUUUUCAGGACUCCACACACUUGCCUACCAAGAUCUCCGUACAAAUGAUAAUGCACUCCAAGGUAGAAUUACUACAACAUAAUUACGCAAAUACCUAGUUGAAAUAUCGUUCUGUGAAGGACCGUAAUCACUUCACCUGUUGAGAUAUUCACAAAUGGGAUUUAUUUUGCCAGGUAUCCGAAGAUCAAUAUUUGUACAACCAUUUAAUCACAAAGGCGAGGUAUAUGCUGUUAGUUGAGUCAGCGUAAGCUGCAAUAUGAAAGAUUUCACCAAACUGUCCUACCAAAAGGCUAAGGCGACAUGUACAGCCAUCAUACCCGUUGAUUUCAAAUAAAAGCUAGGCCGGGAUGUGAUACUUUCGUAAACUUAUCCCCAUAAUUAUGAAUGUGUAUACCAACCGGACUUUGCUGCCCGCAGGUACUGACAUUUGGCUUCGAAAAGUUGACUAUGCACUCAGGACGGGUAGUACUGUUGGUAGUAAUAUUUGAAAGUAGAAAAUACUGUUUAUUCUGAUCUACAUAUCUUCUGACGUGUGUCUAGCUAUCAGUCGACGCGGAAAAAACAACUAAGUUUUUAUGAGCUAAAUUUGUGGGUAAUGAACCCCAAGACUUUUUGAAACAAACUAGUUAGGCACUAACUAGGGCGCAACGACGACUCUAUACUUUGUAGUCUGCUGAAGCAGCAACGACAUCGUUGAAAUAGGCACGAAACAUACCGAAGUCACGACUCUCGGCUUAAUGACGCGUCUACGUAUACCGAACGCAAACAGUAGAUGAUCGAUAUAGGUUGGGUUAAAGAAAUAGGCACAUCUUGCACAUACAGUACUUACUUAAAGUGACCUCGUCAUAAUUUGUGCGUUUGUCCAAACAGCUCGCAUCAUUUUUACCUGGCUUUUUUAUCUAACGGUCGAACAAAAGCCACAUGACUUAUGCUCCUAUUUUACAUAACAUCAAACAUUAUGCCUUGACAAAGAGCCCAGUACCGCACUAUUUAAGACCAGACGAAGUAGACUAGGUUUCCUCGAAAUUAAAACCAUUCUUACAUUUAACUAAUUGUAGUGGCUUUUCUUUGACAGAAACCCCCACAUAGUAAUCAUAUAAGCUAAGUAAGGCUUGAUAUAUUAUCACAAACGAUUCCCGUAAUAUAUAAAAUAAUUUCCUUGUUCAACCUGGCGAAACCUAGGCUUCUAGAAUAAUGAUAAGUCGGCCAGAAACAGGGCAAUAUCGAGUAAAUGCACACUGGCUUGAACUGCCACAUAAGUGGAGAAAGAUAAAAACCCCCAUAAUGGGUAGUGGAGUUGUAGCAAUAUCCAACUAAAAGGAGAUUGCACACGAUUCAGGGAGAAUUAAACUGCGUAAUAUAACGAAUAGAGUAAGCUUCAACUCAGGAUUUAGGGUUAGUAGAUGAGUAAGAGUACAUGAUCCACUGUGGUUGGUUUUGAACAGUACCACCAACUGCGUACGGAAACUGAAUGAACCUUAAAUAAAUACUACUCUCGGGGGGAAGAUGUAUAGCGGCACGUAGAUAAUUCCUCCGGGCUACCAAGUCUAGUUGUUAACCACUGUAGGGUGUCAGAUCUAGUCAAUUAACAACAAAGACAAGUUUGAAGAGAACAUAUACAUUUG